AUGCCGGUCGCUGGCAAACACAAAGCUCACCAGGUACCUGUUAUGCUGAUUAACCUGUUAGAUGCCUUUCAUCACAAUAUUGCAUCUGUGUGUGCUUCAAUUCAAAGUGGCUUUGCCCAGCAAACCUUUAUUCCGUACAAAAGAACAUUUGGAUUGAAUUUCUUUCAGGGGCAUGUGAUACGAAUAGACACUACAGAAAAAUUAGUUGUGCUUGAUACUGGAAAGGAAGUAAGUUACUCACAGCUCAUCCUCUGCACUGAGUCAGAUGGACCUUUUCCUGGGAAAUGUAAUAUUAUGGAUUCCUAUCAUAAAGCAAUUAAGAAGUAUGACGAUAUUGUGAAAGAGGUCCAGGCAGUGUACUCUGUGCUUGCGAUUGGUGGUGGAGCCACUGGGGUGGAAAUAGCUGCUGGAAUCAGGACAGAAUAUCCAAACAAGAAGGUAUUUCUUGUUCACUCACGUGAUGCCCUAGCUGAUUCAGAGCUGGUCCACAGUGUAAGAGAAGAGGCCAGACAGGUGUAGCUGGAGAAGGGAGUGGAAUUAUUUUUUCGGUAAAUCUAUCUAUGACAGAAAGUUUCCAACCUUGAUGAGCUGGAACUGAAUGUAACUCUGAAGGAUAGAGUGAUUAAGACAGAUACGAAUGAGCAGUUAACUGUUGACCUUGUUAUUUGCUGUACAGGGAACCAGAUAAAUUCAGACGCAUACAGGUUCAGUUUAGGUGGGCGCCUGGCAAAGAACGGAGCCCUGAAAGUGAAUAAGCACAUGCAGGUGGAGGGCUUUGAUAACAUAUAUGCUGUUGUGGACAGUGCUAAUGUGAAUGAACCUAAGAUGGCCGAUCAUGCUGGUCUCCAUGCUGGGGUGGCUGCAAGAAAUAUUAACAGCCUGACUAGAAAAGCUUUAACACCAAACAACAAAGUGUAUAAACUACCUUGUUUCUUCGUCACCAAGCGAAAGAGUCAGAGCCUGCUGUUCUGGAAGAGCUGGGUGGAAGUGGGACAGAAAUCCCCCAGUUAG